GGUGUCAGCCUUUCUCAGGAGGAAUUCUGGUCCGAAGUACCCCGCUCUGGACUGCUGGAAUUAGACUGAGCACAAAGGAAAAGGAAAAGGUUUGAUUUUAUUUGAUUACUCAGAUUCUACUUUUACUUCCUGAAAAUGGUUGGAGCCUUCAAGUUCAGGUCAGCAGAAGCUUGUGAGUUGCAGUGAGAAAUUUAAAAUCUGACACUUGCCAGUUCCCAUUGAGCUCCGGGUGAGAAAUGUCCCUGGCCUCGUCCAUUUUUAAUGUCACAGUCAUCCUAGCGGAAGAGAUCACCUCCAGGGAAAAGUGUUCCACGAAGCGGUAGCGGUUUUCCGUCUCGUCUUUUCCUCGCUGACCCGGGUCCCCGCUCCCGUCCGGGUGCAAGCUGGUGGGGCGAGCACUGGAAGCCCCUCUGCGCGGGGCGCGGGGACCCCGGAGCCGGGCGCGGGGCGUGGGGCCGUUCCCGCGCCGGCACAUGGCUGCAGCCACCCCGCGCGCACCCCGAGUCGCCGCGCCCAGCUCGGCAGAGGUCCGUCGGCUGCGCUCUGCUGCACCCCCCCGCCACCGGAGCCAGGCAGCGGCUGAGCGGGGAGGAGCCCGCGCCCGGGCAUCGGGAUGACCCUCCUCGUCCUGCUGGGGCUAGUUUCCUACUACGUUGGAACCUUGGGGACCCACACUGAGAUCAAGAAAGUGGCAGAGGAGAAGGUCACUCUGCCCUGUCACCAUCAACUGGGGCUCCCAGAAAAAGACACCCUGGAUAUCGAAUGGCUGCUCACAGAUCACGAAGGGAACCAGAAAGUGGUGAUCACUUACUCCAGCCAUCACGUCUACAAUAACUUGACUGAGGAACAGAAGGGCCGAGUGGCCUUCGCUUCCAAUUUCCUGGCAGGAGAUGCCUCCCUGCAGAUUGAGCCUCUGAAGCCCAGUGAUGAGGGCCGGUACACCUGCAAGGUGAAGAAUUCAGGGCGCUAUGUGUGGAGCUACGUCAUCUUAAAAGUUUUAGUGAGACCAUCAAAGCCCAAGUGUGAAUUGGAAGGAGAGCUGACAGAAGGAAGUGACCUGACUUUGCAGUGUGAGUCAUCCUCUGGCACAGAGCCCAUUGUGUAUUCCUGGCAGCGAGUCCAGGAGAAGGGGGGAGAGGAUGAACGUCUGCCUCCCAAAUCUAAGAUUGACUACAACCACCCUGGACGUGUCCUGCUGCAGAAUCUCACCAUGUCCUCCUCUGGGCUCUACCAGUGCACAGCGGGCAAUGAGGCUGGGAAGGAGAGCUGUGUGGUGCGAGUGACCGUACGGUAUGUACAGAGCGUGGGCAUGAUUGCAGGAGCAGUGACAGGUAUGGUGGCCGGAGCCCUGCUGAUUUUCCUCUUGGUGUGGCUGUUGAUCCGACGGAAAGACAAAAAGAGAUAUGAGGAAGAAGAGAGACCAAAUGAAAUUCGAGAAGAUGCGGAAGCCCCGAAAGCCCGCCUGGUGAAGCCCAGCUCCUCUUCCUCGGGCUCGCGAAGCUCCCGCUCUGGCUCCUCCUCCACGCGCUCCACCGCCAACAGCGGCUCCCGCAGCCAGCGGACCCCGUGCGCCGAGGCGGCGCGCCGGCCCGGGCUGGCCGCCCACGUCUAUGGCCCUCUGGGGCCGGAGGCCAGAGGUUCUGAACCAAAGAAAGCCCCCCACGCUACCCUGACCAAAGCAGAGAACACCCCCAGCACGAUCCCCAGCCAGAGCAGAGCCUUCCAAACUGUCUGAGUUAGAGCGGACUUGACUCGCCGGCUUUUCCCAGGCGUCAGGGCUCUUCUGGUCAUCGCCGCUCAGUCACCAGCCACACGACCCGCCUCGAGCCCAACGACGGGUCAUUUAAGUAGCAGCGACCACUGCACGGAACAGAUUCAAAUGAACACUUUUCUUACAUGACACCAAACGAGGAAAAGGAUGUAAGCUGUUCAUCUCCAGAAAGGCACCUCACUGUGCCUUUAGACCAAAGUGGGGGUGGGGGGGGAUGGGGGCCCAAAUCUGGGUGUUUGGGGACCAGGAACCAUGGUGAGAGAGUUGGGGAAAGGGGAAGUGAACACACUUAGAACUUCUCACUUGGGCAGUUUUAUUUCAACACGUUGACUCACCAUUGUCAAGAAAUGAGGUGUUGUUCAUCAAUUUUCUAUGCAUUUCUGCAAACCUACUGAAUUAUUAUGACUAUUCAGAGUCAAGCAGAACCUACAGCCUUAUAUUACACCUAUUUGCACCAUGAGAAACUCCAAAAAAGGAAACACAUCUCUUCUAUCCUGACUUGACUUCAUUUACCACAAAGUUUGGGUAUUAAUUUCAAGAGGAGUUGAAAUAGUGGGAGAUGGAGAAUGACUGAAUUUUUCCGCGACUUACUGGUUGAACACCAAUAAUCCACUGUCAAUCUUCCUACUUAUAUUGAACCAUAAAAGAACUAAAAAAGGAGUUCAAAACGUAAUGAGGGACUGUGAAUAACUUUCCAUUUUUAUGUUCAGAGGGCCACUGACAAAUAUCAGAAAUAUAUGCUGGAAUAAUUGUGGAUUUUCCCUCAAAGUGGAUGUCUUUAAGGAUUUUCUGCUGGGUAUCUGUGAAACAAGAAAACUAGGUCUUUUAACAUUUAACAGUCUCCUUAGAAGGAAGUCUUUGAGAGAAAAGGUCUUUUCAGGAUGCUGGAAGAUUAUCCAACAAACCAUUACAGUCUCUUCUUUCUGUGAACGUAUGAAAUCAGAAUUUCAAGACUGACUAGACCAGAAAGGAAGAUUAGAUCAGUUUUCUCUUAGUAUGUCAAGGAGUGUCAUCAGAAGUUCAGUACUGCACCAAACUUGGGAGUUUCCUCCCAUUUCUUUCCUUUCAGGAGAAGGAUGUGAACAUGGGACUUUUAUUGAUUCUAGGCCUUAAAUUAUCAAAGAGAUCAGGGAUUGUCAACAUUUCCUGGUGGCACUGCAUAGACAUCAUACCAUUCCCUCCUGAGAGGCUGAGACAGACAGAAAUUCAGUACUUUCCCAGUUUAGCCUGUAAGGAAGCCUAGCUCUAGGAUGGAAGGAAAGGAAAUAAACAUUUAGGGAUGAGAUGGUGAGGAUAACUAGUGGGUGGCAGGGGGAUCUGGGUUAGUGCCUGUUAAAUAUUGUCGGCAUCUUGGAAACAUUCUCGGAAAUGAUUCACCAGGAUAGCUCUCACAAGAGCUGACUCAUGAGAGAAGAAAGGUGGGGUCUGUGAAAUAAAAAGAAAGCAGCCUCCCAUACAAUAACUUGCCUUUUUAAUAGUUUUGACUACUCUGCUAGUCAAAUUCAUCCUACAAUUCAUUCUUUGGCAAGAAUGCCAAACCUGAAAUAGCCCUUCAAAGACUCUAAAGCAAAUGUCAACAGGUCACAGCAUUGGUAGAGCAAAAUGUUUAUUAUUAUUAAAAGGCCAAGAAGUCCCUGGCAGGGCAGUGGUUAGGACUCUCUGCUUUCACUGCCAAGGGUGCAGUUUCAGUUGCUGGUCAGGGAACUACGGUCCUGAUAGGUGAGUGGGACAGCCAGAAAUGAUAAAUAAAUUAAACAAUGUUAAAAAGGCAGCAGGCUAUGAGAAAGGAAAAGUAGUGCUAAAUGUGGUGAUGAAAUCCCUGUUUGUUUUGGGAAUCUAAGUUCCCCAACCAGGGAUCAAAUCUGUACCCCCUGCAUUGUGAGCAAGGAGCCUUAACCACUGGACCACCAGGAAAGUCCCGAUGAAAGCCGUGUUUCUAAAAUGGGAACCAGGUGCUUAAAGGGGAAAAGUAGACCCAGGAUUUUGUCCCAUUUUGUUUUCAUUUUUACUUCUAAUUCUCACAUACUACAAAUGCAUUUCUAAAGUCCUUUAAGAGGCGGGUUUUACCCUUGACUAAAAGUUUCAUUUUGAGUUUUGUCUUCCUCUAAAAAAAAAAGUUGGGGGAAAUUCCCUGCAGUCCAGUGGUUAGGGCUCUAUGCUUUCACUGCCAAGGGUGCUGGUUCAAUCCCUGGUCGGGGAACUAAGAGCCCACAAGCAGCACAGCUCCGCCAAAAAAAAGUUGGGAAAUGAGACACCGAGGAAGCAAAGAACGUCUGCCAUUAGUUUAAGAGGGCUGGCAUAUUUGGAAUGCUUCUUAUACUAACACUGCCUCCUUGUAAGAUAUAAAUUUCUUAUUUACUCCACCAACUUAUUCUGGUUGUGUGGUGUCCAGGCGACAUAUCAAUUCUGCUGUGUAAUUCAGAGAAUUCUCAUUCCAAGAGUAUCUGAGCCCAACUGAGUAUUCUGUGGCAGCUGCAGCAGUGCCAUCACUGGCAAUUUGCUCUUAUCAUUAUUUAUUACCUUUGAACCUAAGGGUUCCUGCCUAUGCCUCUGAAGGUGGGAGUCAGUCCCCUUUGCAUGAAAAGGUUUAAACAGGUUAGUUAUUAGAAGACUAAAAUACCAGUUGAAUAUCCGUAUUUUGGAAAUCUAUUCACACUGGAGAUCUACAGAAAUGCCACAGAUUAUUACCUGAAAUCAGAAAUUCUAGGAAUUGAAGAUUCUGAGAUAAGAUACUGAAGUGUUAAUAGUGAUGGUGUGCUUGCUUCUCUUUCAGUCAGGCUUUUGGGUUCAGAUACGACAGGCUCGGGUUUAAAAUAAAGUUUGAACCAUUACUGGUGUCAAACCAUAUUCCGUUAACCUUGCAAGUCAAAUACAUUCGAUUCUUUAAUAUAAAACAAAAAAGGAUAAAAUAGAGGGUAGAAGAAAAGGUAUUUGUAGAAAGAAGAUACAGAUGGAAUGAUGUGGAUGUUUAGAGAAUAGCCAUUUCAAUAAAAUAUAUAUACACUAAACUUAAAA